AUGGCAGAUGAUUACCAGGUGUUUGUAAAUGGCGAUCGCCCACUGCUGGAACUUUAUGUGAAGGCAUCGGGGAUUGAAAAUCGACGAAUAGGUGCUUGCCUGUUUUGUCAAGAGUUCUGGAUGGAGCUGUAUGCCUUGUAUGAGAUUGGUGUUGUGCGAGUAGAAGUGAAAACAGUAAACGUUAAUUCGGAAGCGUUCAAAAAGAGUUUCCUUGGUGCGCAGCCUCCUAUUCUGGUGGAAUCAGAAAAAGACGCGACUUAUACUGACAACAGGGAAAUUGAGGGACGUAUUUUUCAUUUAGCAAAGGAGUUCAAUGUGCCACUUUUUGAAAAGGAUCCAGUAGUUGAAAAAAGGAUUGAAAGUCUUUACAGAAACUUCAAGCUUUUUCUAAGAGCGAAAACUGACUUUGAUCAAGGAAAAAAGAGCCCAUCAACAGUAACAUCUUUACCUCCUCAGCAGGCUGCCUCAUACAACAAACUUGUUGAACAGCUUGCAAACAUUGAUGAACUUCUUCGUGAACGUGGUUCUCGCUACUUGCUUGGUCAGAGUAUGACAGAAUACGACUGUGAACUGAUGCCUCGUUUGCAUCACAUGCGGAUAGUUGGACAAAGACUAUUGGGUUUUGAUAUCCCACACAAUUUGACGCAUUUAUGGAACUACGUUCUUACUGCCUACCGCACUGCUGCAUUUAUAGAGAGCUGUCCAGCCGAUCAAGAUAUUCUACAUCACUACAAGGAGCAGUUGAAUUUGGUUCGAAAUCAAAGGGAAACUCUGCAAGCGCCAACAAAGACGCACACUAUUCCGGAAAAAGUAUUGCAUGAUAUUCAAAGGUUGGGACUUGAUGGCAAGUGA